GGCUCAGAGUUUGCUCUCUGGUUUGGUGAUAACACAACCUCAUUUAAGGCUGGCAAAAGCUGCGCCUGUAGUCCUAUAAUCAUAGAAAUUGGCCACCAUGCUUCGUACAGUGUGUCUGUUGGCGCUGGCCUCCCUGGCUGUGGCGUACGACGCAGGUCUACGCGGGUCUAUUUACUUCGCCAUCGAUAACAUCAACCGUGGCAGCGAGCUGGACAACCAGUUUGUGUUGGAAGAAGUGUUGCGUUCUGGUGAAGAGAUUGUGUCUCGUGUGGAGACCCUACACAAGUUUGCUGUCCGUCUGGCCUACUCGGACUGCCGGAACGGCGCGGCCGAUGCGUUUGUAGCGUCACAACGGUGCCCAGUGCAGGAUGCGCACAGGAGUGUGGAUUGCACGGCUGCCGUGACUCAGGUUCUGUCGGACGCCGGUGUACGCAGGCGGCUUGUCGGUGCUGAGUGUGGGGGAGCGCAAGUCGCCCUGGGCGCCCAGACCGAUGAGUCCCUCGGCCCUCUUACCGACGCUGUCUCUGCCAGUGCACCGGGGACUUACGAGGCCGGCACACGGGGCUCUAUCUACUUCGCUAUUGACUCCAUCAACCAGCGCAGCGGGCUGGACAAUCAGUGGGUGCUGGAGGAGGUGCUGCGCUCAGGAGAGCUGGUUGUGUCCCGGAAGGAGUCUCGCCACAGUUUUGCCAUCCGCCUGGCUUACUCCGACUGUCCCAAUGGUGCCGCUGACGCCAUUGUGUCGGCCGAGCGCUGCAGCGUCCCGGAUCCACACAGGAGUCAAGACUGCAGGGGUACUGUGAUCCAGUACUUGUCGGACAGUGGUGUGCGCAGACGCAUUGCAGAGCUGGAAUGCAGCGCAGCCAGGCAAGCGCGGGACACCGUCCGGCCCGUCCUGUCCGGUAGCCUGACGGCCGUUUCCUUCGCGACCUACGAUGCCGGAGUGCGCGGGUCCAUCUACUUCGCCAUUGAUGCCAUCAACCGCGGCAGCGGGCAUGACAAUCAAUGGGUGCUGGAGGCGGUGAUGAAAUCAGGAGAGCAGGUGUCCGAUGGGCAGUCAGUACACAGGUUCGCCAUUCGCAUCGCCUACUCCGACUGCCAAAAGGGAAGUAUGGAUGCGCUGUCGGCCACUGUUCGCUGCCCUGUCCCGGAACCACACAGAAGCCAAGACUGUACCGGGUCCGUGGUGCAGCAGGUGUCGGACUCGGACGCCGUCCGCAGGCGGGUGGAGAAUCUGCAGUGCGGCGUGCCUACCACCCUGCAGACGGUUCUCGUCCAGGGCUGAGCGGGCAGCGGCAGACUUUCAACAAAAUAAACGCAUUGAUCAAUCAUGACAUAA